AUGAGCACAGGGAAUGGUUUGUCUAAGGACGGUCUAAGCUACCGCUCCGAUAUUUAUGCUAUGGAUCUCCUUAUAAAGAUUUAUGUAUAUGGUUCCAUUUUAUGGGUUGCAUUAAUAAUAACAAUUAUAGUUAAUAAUAUUCGUACUCGCCCAAUCAGACCGAAGAAGGAGAAAAUUUACGAGAAACUCCACACCUACAGCAAGAGGCAGCGAGCACCACCACGAAUGACAUAUGUAGACUCCAAGAGUUUCUCAAGCGAUAGGGACAAGUGGGAGAAAGAAAAGAGCACCGAAGGAUCUACCAGAAGUGAAAGAACUAGGAAAACAAAGACGAGUUCAAAGGAAGCAACAACUGCUCGCACUGCUGCAACUACUAAAACGGGUAUGAGCAGUGGAGAAAGCUUCGAAAGAACAUCAAGGGAAGGUCCAUUGUUGGCGUCGGGCAAUGAUCGUGAUGAAAGAAGCGUAGAAAUAGGAAAGACAUCUUGAAGAACCUUGUAGCUUCCCAUCUCGCUAAUGUCUCCAUCAGAAUACUGAACAAAUU